AUGAGCACCUUCGCGCACGUCCUCAAGGGGAUCGGCGAGUUCGGCUUGUUCCAGAAGCGCCUGGUGGCGGUCUUGUGCAUCCCCAGCGUCUUUGUGGCUUUUGACAUUAUUGGUCAGGUUUUCACUGGUCUCAAUUUCCCAAACUACUGCGAGACAGACUGGAUUUUGGAUAGGGCGAAUGGCAACUUGAGCCUGGAAAAGCAGAAGGAACUAACCAUUCCCACCAAUCCAGAUGGAAGCUUCCACAGCUGUCUUAUGUUCACGCCGGUCGACUCUGAUCUGGAGACAAUCGAGAUGUACGGCCUCAACUCCACCACCAGUUGCCUGAACGGAUCGCGGUUUGAGUUGCCGACCGGGGCGUCUAGCAUUGUGACAGAGUUCAAUCUGGUGUGCGACAGAAGCCUUAUGAUUGAGGUGUCUCAAUCCGUUCACAUGGUGGGACUUCUGGUCGGCGCGCUACUCUUAGGUGCCAUGGCCGACAGAUUCGGCCGCCGCUUCGUGUUCUUGCUCGGGCAUCUUCUUCUUCUUUUGGCUGGUGUCGGUGCAGCGUUCUCCCCCAACGUCUACGUUUACAUUUUUCUCAAAUUCAUGUGUGGAUUCGCUUUGUCAGGACUCAUUGCCAACGGUUUUGUGAUUGGUGGCGAGUGGUGCGAAUCAUCCAAGUUUGCGUUCUGCUCCAUCAUCAGUCACAGUUUUUAUUCCAUCGGUCUUGUGAUUUUGGCCGGUCUGGCAUAUUUGAUCCCCAACUGGAGGAUCCUCCAACUGGUCCUUUACAGUCCCCUUCUUCUCGUCCUGGCCUUCUUAUUCUGGCUCGUCCCAGAAUCGGCUCGCUGGCUCAUGACUCAAGGCAGGAAGGAGGAAGCCGUGAAAGAGGUGUGCAGAGCAGCCAAAGUCAACGGGAGGGAGGUGUCGCAAGCGCUGCUGGACAAGAUGGAGCUGGAGGAGACACCCAAAAGAGGCAACAUACUGGAUUUCUUCAGGAUCUCGUAUCUGAGAAAACGAUUGCUUGUUAUGAGCUUCAUCUGGUUUUCCACCAAUGUGGUGUACUUCGGCCUGAGUCUCAACGUGGGCAACUUCGGACUGGACAUUUAUCUGACGCAGUUCGUCUUCGCCUUGGUGGAGCUGGUCGCCCGUCUUGGUUCUUUGCCGCUCAUUGGACGCUUUGGAAGGCGACCGUGCGAGGCUGGCGCAUUGCUGUUCGCGGGGGUGGCUUGCCUGUCCCUCCUUGCCGUGCCUAAAGAACUUCCUGUCGUUACGACUGUCAUCGCCGUAUGUGGGAAAUUUGCAUCCAGUGUCUGUUUCUCCAUCCUGUUUGUUUAUACAGCAGAGCUAUACCCCACUACGUUAAGGCAGAGCGGCCUGGGUCUGAACACGACAUGUUCCCGCUUGGCCGGCAUCCUGGCCCCCCUGAUAAAACUCCUGAGCAACUACCACCGCAGCCUCCCUAUGCUGGUGUAUGGUGUUCUACCAGUGGGCGCUGCGGGGGUCUGUCUGCUGCUGCCAGAGACCCUCAACACUGAACUCCAAGACCAUGCCCAGCUACAGUAA